AUGCACAAUGGUCGACGGGUGCUCAGUCAUCGCGCUACGGAACUCACUCGUUCCGUUGUGCCUUGGGGUCACACCCCACCUAUUAAGGUAAGACGUGAAGGUAAAUUUCUGAAAAAUUACCCGAGAGGGUUACACCCGCUAUCCUUACCCAGAUGUCCCUUAAGAAACAUAAGGGAAUCUGCUUUCCCUUAUGAUUUCGAAAAUGCGCUGUGAUUGGAGAACUUGUUGGGCAGUCCCGUUUAGCAAUGAGCAUUUGUCUGCAUUCCAGAUCUAUGAAUAAUGCACAGUUCCUAUACCCAGGAACAUUUUUGGAAAUGAUCAAUUUCUGUGAGAAAAGAACGCUCGAAAUUAAAUAACCUCAGUGGAUGGAGAUGGAGCAACAUUUACCGUUCAGCUAGUGGCGUAACCUACAGCAAAUAAAUGCUGGUUAAUUGGCUAACAGAGGAAACGUUUGAAGGUUCAUACUUUGAGCCAAUGGCAGGUUGCUACUUUGCGUACGAUGGCGUUCAUAUAUUCACGUAGAGCACUAGCGAUCCCGACGCUACUAAAUGCGCAUAAACAAAGAAGGAACAUCUUGAGGGUUUUGAGGUAUCAUGCAUUUUCAGGCAGUUUAUGGCGGGUUAAAAUAUUACUACUUGUGGAACCCAAAUUCUAACAAGUGGCCCUAACCUGGGGACCAGGAUAUAAGAGCUGAAAUCAGGACCCUAGCGUCAGAUGUAAGUCCUUCGUUUAAAGCAAACAUACAAUAAGGGUUUCGCUGUAGAUCAUUCUAAUGUACAAGAGACAGGGUAAUUAUCAAUCGGGAAAUUUAUGGAUCUUAACUACAGUUAUACUGACUUUGGGGAUCUGCGGCUGGGUAGCCCUUCGUAGCGUAUUUACCUAGUGUGAGGAACGUCUCGGAAGCCGUCCGCCAGCUCCUCACACCUCUCGGAGUUGGAGUUGCACACACGCCAGAGGUAACCACCAUGCGCCAGGCCGAAAGCAUCACUGCAACGGCAGGAAACCUCUGGAGUCGUUUACCGAAUCUGGUGCUGAUGCGGACAAAGUAAAUAGUUCUGAGAAUCUGGAAGACUACUCUCGAACGCGAAUGGUCGGACACGCAGCAGCAGCAGCAGCAGCAGCAGCAGCAGCAGCAGCAGCAGCAGCAGCAGCAGCAGCAGCAGCAGCAGCAGCAGCAGCAGCAGCAGCAGCAGCAGCAGCAGCAGCAGCAGCAGCAGCAGCAGCAGCAGCAGCAGCAGCAGCAGCAGCAGCAGCAGCAACAACAGCAACAGCAGCAGCAGCAGCAGCAGCGGCAGCAGCAGCAGCGGCAGCAGCAGCAGUGA